AAUGAAUCCAAAUAAAUACCGCUAAUUUGAGACAGUAUCUGCCAAAACAGUAACAAUGAAGCUCCUAGUGAUCGUUUGCGCCCUUAUUGCAGCGUGCAGUUGUGCACCGCCAUCCAUGAUCCCAGGAGACAAUAGUCACUACGUAGAUGGUGAAAGUCGGUACGUCUGGAUACCAGAUGGAGAGGGCGUACCCCAUCUCGUUGAUUUGGAAGAACCUGUCGAUGAAGAUGUCCUUAACGGAAGAAAUGGCGCAAACAAUCAAUACUGGCUGUUCACGAGACGCAAUCCCAACAAUGCCCAAAUCCUUCGCAAUGGGAAUGCUGGCUCAGUCACUAGCUCCAACUACGAUCGCAACCGUCCCCUAAAGGUCAUCGUCCACGGCUGGAACAGCAACGGCAAUUCGAACAUUAACCCUAUCAUCAGAUCAGCAUUCUUAGCUGUUCAAGACUGCAACGUGAUUGUUGUCGACUGGCGCGAUCUAGCAAAUAGGAACUACGUUACUGCCGCAAAUGGUGUACCCGGCGUUGGACAGUUCCUUGGCAACUUUUUGGUUUGGCUUAUCAAUACUGCUGGCGGUAACUGGAACAACGUCCACUUAGUCGGCUUCAGUUUGGGUGCUCACGUUGUAGGAAAUGCAGGUCGCACCGCAGGAGGCAGGCCUAGACGUGUUACAGGUCUCGAUCCCGCUGGUCCGAGGUGGGGCGGUAACUCAAAUGCUCUAAACCGCAACGCUGGUGGAUAUGUUGAAUGCAUUCACACUGACGGUGGACUCUUAGGCAUCUUCGACCCAAUCGGUAACACCGACUUCUAUCCCAACGGAGGUCGAAACGCACAACCGGGAUGCUGGGUCAGCACUUGCUCCCACAGCCGUGCAUACGAUCUCUUCGCAUCGACAGUAAGAACUAAUCACUUGGUUGGAAGGCGAUGCAACAAUUUAAAUGAGGCUAGAAAUGUGCAAUGUUCUGGUGCCACUCUUAACAUGGGUAAUGGAAUUAUAAAUAAAUCUGGAUCUGGACUUUACGGUCUUCGAACUGGCGACAGAUGGCCUUACUAAAAACUGAAGAUAUUGGCUUAAUAAAAAACGACUUAUCAUAA